AGUGAAAUCGAACACACCCAACAAUUUGCCUAAUUUGAUAAUCCCAACCAAAUAGCUGCUAUUUCUUCCAACUGCUGGACGGAAGGAAAAAGCUCUGAAACAAAACCCUAACCCUCGAUUCGCCGUAACAACCAAUGGCCAGCGACACCUAUCCCUCCAGCCGCAAGCAGCGCCGAUUGCCCCCAGACGAUGAAGCGGAGAAGUCCUCGAAGCGACACAAACACCGACACCAUCACCAUCACCGCUCCCACCGAAGCAAGAAGCACGGUGAGGAAAGUAAACAUACUGGCGAUGAAACUACUUCUUCUCCUCCGAUGAAUCCUGUUGCUGCUAAUGAUAAUAGGCUUGAUGAUGACGUGGAGGAAGGCGAGAUUUUGGAGGAAGAGGGUUCUGGUGGUGUUACUGUAAGGGCCAUCGAAUUAUGCGAGGAAAAAAUUGAUUCCCAAAAUCUGGGAGUACAUGCUGACAAUAGUGGCAAUGCUUUAACUAAUUCUUACAAUGCUAACAAGUUUGACAGUAAGGUUAAUUUGCCCAAAGAUCCUAGAGCUGAGGUUCAAGAUGAAUUAGUUUAUAGAGAUAAGCUUGCGGUUCAUACCAAUGGAGAUAUGGGUCAUGAAUAUCACACAGCAGGCAAGAAACGGCAUGCAGAGUCUGGUUCUUCUAAAGGAAGUCACAAGCAAAAGAAUUACCGUGAUGCUGAUACACCUGAGGGUGCUGAAAGCAAAUUAGGUGAUUGGGGGAAUUCAUCAUCUUCUGAAAGUGGGAGGGAUAAAAACAAGACUAUGACAGGCUCAGCAUCUCAUGAUAGGUACUAUGAUGAGGAAAUUCCUAGGAGAAGAUCAUUGUCACAUGAUUUUGCUAGGGAGAGAUCUCGUUUCCACAGCAUAGUACAAGAGGAGGUUCUUUUGAAGAGAGGGCAACACAAUGGAAGGGCUGAAAUUUUUUCUGAUGAUGAAAGAAUGUCUAGACGUGAUAGGGACCUGAAGCAUGUUAGUAAAGAUUUAGAAAGGGAGCACAGUACCAGUUACAGCAGAAGUCUAGGAGGUGGGGACAGGCAUAGAAGCAGGGAUGCAUGUGGCAGAGAGGUGACCAGGGAGAAGGACAACUGGGAAUGGAGAAGGGAUCAGGUACGAGAGAGAAGCACGGACAGGGAUCAGAGAAGAGAGAAAGAUGGAGAGAGGAGGAGAGACAGGGAUCUGAGAAGAGAGAUGGAACAGGACAGGAGUAGGGACAAGUAUGUGAGUAGAGAUAAGGAAAGGGAGAGGAGCAGGGACAGUGAUAUAAGAAGAGAGAAGGAAAGGGAGAGGAGCUGGGACAGGGAUGUGAGAAGAGAGGAGGAAAGGGAGAGGAGCAGGGACUGGGAUAUGAGAAGAGAGAUUGAAAGGGAGAGGAGCAAGGACAGAGAGAUGGACAGGGAUCGGAGAAGAGAGAGGCAACGAGAGAGGAGCUUGGAAAGGGAGGUGGAGAGGGAUAGGAGGAGGGAUAUGGAGGAGGAUCUGGGCAAGAAAAGGCAGAAAGAAAGAGAUAAAAGCAAAGAUAAAGAUGUUACUAGGUCUAGUGAGAGACACAGAGAUCAGGAAAGAGAGAGGAAGAAGGAUAGCGAUACGUAUAGGGAGAGGGACAGAGUUAGGGGCCAAGAUUGGGAGAGUGAAAGGGAGAGGGAAAGGCGUAGCAAUAGAAAUAGGGACAAAGCCAGUGACAUUAAGAGUGAUUCGACAAAGGGCUAUAAUUCUCAUGGUGAUUCUUUAGAAGGUGACCGAUACAAACUCAGAAGAGAUGAAGAAGAACAGGAUGAUUUUGAAGAAAGGAUUAAUUUAAAACUAGCUGAACAGGAGGAAGAUCUUGAUAGUGUAAAGGAGGAGAGUAGAAAACGCAGGCAAGCUAUUCUUGAAAAAUAUAGGAAUCAGCAAUCACAGCAGAAAAAUGAGGCUCAAUCAGAGGAUGCUGAAAAAGAUGUUGAACCUGCACAACUUCGUGUCCAAUCUUUGCCAGCUUCUAAUUUUGUUCCAGAAACUCUUGAUACUAGGAUUGAUGGUGAUAUCUAUGUUGCCGAGCCAUCAUUUUCUGUAGGCAAGUCGCCUCCACAAAAUGGAACACGGGCAUCUGAGAGGACUUCUGGUGCUGUGGGUCUUGGAGAGGGUACUCCUAAGAGCGAGAGGUCAGAUGAAAAAUAUUGUGAUGACAUAUUUGGCGAGACACCAACUGGAGUUCAUAAAUUGGGCAAAGGAGAUGGUUUACCAAUUAUGCGGAAUGGUCUUCAUGACAACUGGGAUGACUCUGAUGGGUAUUAUGGCUACCGAUUUGGUGAAAUACUUGAUGGUCGGUAUGAAAUUGUGGCUGCUCAUGGAAAAGGUGUCUUUUCCACAGUAAUUCGUGCGAAGGAUUUAAAGGCUGGUGUUGGUGAACCUGAAGAAGUGGCUAUAAAAAUCAUUCGUAAUAAUGAAACAAUGCAAAGAGCUGGUCAGUCAGAGGUUAAGAUAUUAAAUAAACUAGCAGAUCUAGAUCAAGAGAACAAGCGCCAUUGUGUUCGAUUCCUUUCGAGUUUCAAGUACAGAAAUCAUCUUUGUUUAGUUUUUGAAUCUCUUCAUAUGAACCUUCGUGAGGUUUUAAAAAAGUUUGGUCGCAAUAUCGGCCUUAAACUAACUGCUGUGAGGGCGUAUGCAAAGCAGCUUUUUAUUGCACUGAAGCAUCUUAAGAACUGUGGUGUUCUUCAUUGUGAUAUAAAGCCUGAUAACAUGCUGGUAAAUGAGGCAAAAAAUGUGUUGAAGCUUUGUGAUUUUGGUAAUGCCAUGUUUUCUGGUAAAAAUGAAAUUACACCAUACCUUGUGAGCCGCUUUUAUCGUGCUCCGGAAGUCAUUCUUGGCUUGCCUUAUGAUCAUCCAAUGGAUAUGUGGUCUGUUGGAUGCUGCUUGUAUGAGCUUUAUACUGGUAAAGUUCUUUUUCCUGGUCCUACAAAUAAUGACAUGUUGCGACUUCACAUGGAACUGAAAGGCUCUUUUCCAAAGAAGAUGCUUAAGAAGGGUGCAUUUGUUGACCAGCAUUUUGAUCAGGAUUUGCAUUUUCAUGCUACAGAGGAGGAUCCUGUUACUAAAAGGACUGUAAAGAGGAUGAUUCUAAAUAUAAAGCCAAAAGAUAUUGGAUCAAUUGUUACGAGUUCUCCUGGAGACGAUCUGAAGAUGUUGGCCAAUUUUAGAGAUCUUCUGGAUAAAAUUUUUGUAUUGGAUCCUGAGAAGAGGAUGACAGUUCAUCAAGCACAACUUCAUCCAUUCAUCACUGUUGUAGCCGUCUUUGAAGUCAGAAGUGGUGAUGUUUGGUCAGGAGUACUCUUAACUGGCGGUUCUUUCAGGGGAAUGUACUGUUUCUAUUGAUAUCACCCCUUGCUUUGAGGCAACCCUCCAGUGCUUAAAUGCUUAAAAGGCACCCAGGAGAAGACUACUAUUUUGGAGGCAAAUGCUACUGAGAUAUGCUGCUUCAACUUUAAAGUGAAAGUAUGUGGCAUUGUAGUCAUCCCUUUGCAAGGCUUGUAAGUAUCUGCAAUCUUCUUAUGGAUUGCAAGUUUACAUAAGCUUCUUCUUCUUUUUAUUUUUUUAUUUUAUUUUUUUUAUUUUUGAUAUGAUAUAUGGUUUUGAUGUUAUUUUUUGUCAACCUCUUUUUUUGCCAUGGUAUCAUGUGUAAAUACUGCAUGAGAUUCAUGUAUCAUAUCUUUUAUGUGUCAUAUUAUUUUAUAUCAGUUGUGUCUAUGAUACAAAAACGAGGUAUAUCACUGGACAUUCUAUGCCAUGAAGCAUAAGGUUGGUGGAUGAGAUGUUAUUCUUUACCCUGGAAAAACGUAUUUGAAGAACUGAAAAAAAUCAUGAGAAUCUCUUGGAAGCCUAAAGAGUGCUUUAUGUUAUUUAGUGUUUGUUGCUGAAACUUGUUUUGUUGGCUGGAAGGUGCUGUAUCUGAAGGCUUGUGCUCAAUGUUACAACCCUAGGGCUGACAGUCUCGUAAAAGCAGCUUUAGCUGAAAGCCAAACUUAUAUGAACCUCAUGCUUGACAGAGUCUAGCACUCCAACCGAACUGUUCUGAGUUUGAAGCCCUAAAAUGCAAUCUUCUAGGGCUUGAACUCUAGGUCUCUGUAGAAUUUCCAUUUUUAAAUUAUGUAUGCUUUAGGAGGUGGAGUGGAUCCCUAAUUUGCCCAUGCUUAGCUUAUAUGAGUCUCAUAUAAUCUCUUUAGUGCACAUACUAAAAUCAUAACGACAAUGUCGAGCAAAGGCUAAUAAGGCAUAUCAUAUGAUUGUAACACUAAUUAAUAUAAUUACCCAAAUCAAUGUAAUCAAAAGACUAAGAUGGUUGUAAAAUGCAUCAUAAUUUGUAGUUUCCUGUCAUUAGGGUUAAAAAGUUUUUCCCCCCUUCUCUAGCCUUGAAGUAUUGUCUAAUUAAUCAAUUUUGCCACAACUCGUUGAUUUAGCUUGCUUAGGUAUAUUUUGUAGUAUGUCUUUGUAAACUGAACAAUUUUGUUAUGUAAUCACCCACUUGAUUAUGGUCACUAGUUGAGCCUAGCUCGCAUAGGUUUCUGGUAGUUUUGCUUUGUAAAUUAAUGAGUAAAAACAAAUGUUUAAUAAUAAUAAUAAUAAUAGUAGUAAUAAUAUGAUGGAAUACGAUAAAAUGAUAUAAUAUAAUUUAAUCUCUUUUUUUACCCUUGGGGUGGCGUUUGGUACAAGGCUAACAACAAAUAAUUAUUGCUUAACUUUUAACUCCUCAUUAAUGUUGUUUGGAUACUUAAAGAGAUUAGUUAACUUUUCAUUUCAUUAAUGCUUAUACUUCAGGGGUUAAAUGUUAGCCUUGGUACGAGGUUAGCGGAGAGUAAUUAUUAACCUAAUUAACUCCCUGAAAAGGUUAUAAAUAUUAAUGAGGUAAAAAGUUAACAUAGUCCCUUUAAGUAUCUAAACAACAUUAAUGAGCGGUUAAAAAUUAGAAGGGUAAUAAUUGCUCCUUUUUAAUAUCGUACCAAACGCCCCCUAAAGAUUAGAACUUACAAAGGUAACAUUUAACUCCUGAUUUUUUAACUUUCUAUCAAACACAUUCUUAUUGAUAAGAAAUGGGGAUUAAAUAGUUGCACUCUGUUUGCUUAGGCUUUUCCUAUUAAAUAUUGCCAGUUUAGCUAUAUGCAACAAUUAUUUGUUCAAAAAUUGAAAUGUUACAUAAAGUCUUAAAUGAGGACAUCAAGUUUCCAAAGAUAGCUGCAUGUACGUCUCUCCAAGAUGCUGAGAUUGUGUGUGAUCCUAUUUUUAUUAUUAUGGUGGUGAUGAUCAGUAGUUUAUUGCAUCAUAUGAUCUCCUUUUAUUAGAAGCAAUGAGCCUUAGCUCAUGGUGCUAGAGUAUGUAUCUAGGGUUGUGAAGUUCUGAGUGUGAACUUAAAGUCAAAAAAUUGAAACACUUCUUUUAUGAGAAGCAGAACAUGGAAGGAUAUAAAAAGGAUGCUAUCUUUAGGUUGUGGUUUUGCUGAGGAAUUCAAUUCUCUUAAAAACUCAAGGAUAUAAUUUGUUGUACUUGAAGAUGUUUGUUAACCCUUCUAUCCAAAAGUAUUGAAAUUGAUGAUGAUUUACCCAGUAUCUAACCAACUAACUUCAGGAUGCAUUCAAAAUUCUCAUGCAUCUUUUCUUAAGCAUGCAUUCAAAAUUCUCAUGUAUUUUUUCUCUCAUAUUUAAGUCAGUGCUGCAGAUGUGUAUUCCUAAAUUGAGAUGGGUAGGGAUUUGAUUUCUUCCAGAAUUUUUUUUUUCUAAAAAAAAAAAAGGAAUAAACUUUUCAGUGUAUCAAAUUUCCUGGACUCAGAAUAUUGAUAACCUAUUGUUGUACAAAUAUUGCAGUUGCUUCAUGAUACUAGUGCAUCAAUAUACUUGGCAGUUACAAGUGAGUGAUUUUCAUGAAUAGCAUUUACAUUAUUUAUACCUGCUUUUCUGAUUAAUAAUCUUUUUUUUUUCUCCCUCGAUUAGUGCUCUAUGUAUAUUUUAUUUAUUUAUUAUUUGAUUGACUUGAUGGUUGCUAUUCGAGGCUUUAUAAAGGCAACAUUUUGUGAAAACAGGCGACUAAGUAAUGACGAUGUAAAUUUUUAUACUGGAGUUUGUAUUGAUUGUUAUGUUUGGCAUCUUAAUAUCUGCAACUUCAAAUGACAGUGAAUUGAAUUUACUGUUUUCGUUCCAA